AUGGCGCCCUCUUCUAGAGGCUUAUUAUGGCGAUGGAGCUUUCUGCUAGCCGUCUGUGCUCUGUUCUUCCUGUGGGCUGAUCUCACCAAUGCCUCCGACGCAGCGUCCAACGCCUCUUUAUUAUGGGGACCAUACAGGCCGAACCUGUACUUCGGCGUAAGACCGAGGCUCCCAAAGAGCUUGACCACAGGCCUCCUGUGGGCGAAUACAGAUAAUUAUCAAUCGGCUCAAACCAAUUUCCGUCACACCUGCGAGCAACAUGAAGGUAUGGCUGGCUAUGGUUGGGAAGAGUACGAUGCCCGCAAUGGGGGUCGUGAGGUUAUACAUGACACAGGGAACAAAAUAGACCUGACGAUUGACUUCGUCAAGGUCCCUGGGGGUGAACAUGGUGGUAGUUGGGCCGCAAGAGUCAAGGGUGUACCUCGUGAGGAUGCACCCGCGACUUUGGUUACGACAUUGGUCUUCUAUGCUGGCAUGGAAGGGCUAGGAGAGCUUGGUUUCACUUCUGACGAGCCGGACUCUGAAGGAUUUGUUACCAUACACGGCCAGACAACUGAUCUGGGUGAGUUCGACUUGACUUUCACUGAAUCACCGGAAAAUUUACUGCCAUACAAAACUCAUCCAGCAUGGGACAAGAAACCGGUCGAUCGACCACUCAUGGGCAGUGUGCAAAUACCGCCAGAAGCUAUUUGGCAAGCUAAGAACAUCAUGUUCGCCAGCUUGAAGCAACAGGUCGACACUUUUGUGCAGGAGUAUGGUCAAGAAAAUAUGCCUCCUCCGUGGCAGACGUUUACCAUUAUGCAGGAUCCUGGUCCAGGCAAUUUUCAUAUGGUUCAGAAAGUGUUCGUUGGUGCUUUUGAAUUUGACAUACUCUUCAGUUCGGACUCUGGGCCUAAGGUCACGUCUGAAACCCUGACAAAGGCAAUCUCCAAAACAUCCAAGUCCUUCCAAUCCAAGUUCAAGGAGAUCUUCAAGCCAUUGGCGCCUUUCACGGACUCCAAGUUCACCUCUCUCUCGGAAUCUUUGUUCUCGAAUCUAUUUGGCGGUAUUGGAUACUUUUACGGCGACUCUCUAGUAGACCGCUCGUACGCUUCAGAAUACGACGAGGACAAUGAAGGCUUCUGGGAGGAAACUGCUCAAGCUCGAGCAAAAGCAGAAGUGGUCAAUGAUCCUGCUGUCGAACUCUUCACAAGCGUACCGUCACGUCCAUUUUUCCCUCGUGGGUUUUUAUGGGACGAGGGUUUUCAUCUCAUUCCAAUCAUUGAAUGGGAUCUUGAUAUCACAAUCGACAUUGUCAAGUCAUGGUUCAAUCUGAUUGACAGUGAUGGGUGGAUCGCUAGAGAGCAAAUUCUUGGACUCGAGGCUCGGAGUAAAGUCCCACCCGAGUUCCAGGUCCAAUAUCCUCAUUACGCCAAUCCGCCCACCCUCUUUCUCAUAAUCGACACUCUGAUCGACAAGCUGGAAUCUGGCUCUCUUUCUGCCACAGAUGCGGACCGAGUCAAGGUGGAACUUCAGCACCUCUAUCCAUUGCUCAAGCGCCAGUACUACUGGUUCCGCAAGACGCAAUUCGGUGAUAUUAGAUCCUACGACCGCGAAGCCUUCUCCACCAAAGAAGCCUACCGCUGGCGAGGCCGCACACCACAGCACAUCCUCACAUCCGGCCUCGAUGACUAUCCACGCCCUCAGCCACCACAUCCAGGAGAGCUGCACACCGACCUAAUCUCCUGGGUCGGGUUGAUGGCAAGCACGCUAUCGCGCCUCGCUCCCCUGACGUCUAACCCCGAUGACGCAUCCGAUUUCAGCGCUCAACACAAAGCAAUCCUCCACAACAUCGACGACCUACACUGGUCGUCCGAACACAAAGCCUACUGCGAUGCCACAAUCGAUGACUACGAAGACUCCGUACACGUUUGCCACAAGGGCUACGUGAGUCUGUUCCCCUUCAUGACAGGCCUCAUGGCCCCCACACACCCUAACCUCCCUCACAUCCUCACCCUCAUCUACGACCCCGAACAUCUCUGGUCACCAUAUGGAGUCCGCUCGCUGUCGAAAUCCUCCCCCUUCUACGGCACCGACGAGAACUACUGGCGCUCCCCCAUAUGGGUCAACAUGAACUACCUGAUCCUGAAGAACUUGCUGGCGGUCGCGCAAUCCCCCUCGGCGCCCACGAAGGUCAAGACCGAAGCUGCAAAGAUCUACACCGAGCUGCGCACGAAUCUCGUCACGAAUGUGUUUGAUGAGUGGGAGCGCACGGGCUUCGCGUGGGAACAGUAUAAUCCCGAGACUGGGCAUGGGCAGAGGACGCAGCAUUUCACCGGCUGGACUAGUCUGGUGGUUGUUAUUAUGCGCAUGCCGGACCUGAGUAAGGAGGCGGGCAUCAAGCAUAGCGAGUUGUGA